AUGACUGACAUCGCGAAAUUUGAGCAGUUUGGAUUAAAUGCAUUCUAUAAUGGUAUUCCAAUACUUGACAAUGCCAGUGACUGGUUUAAGUGGAAUCAGAAGGUCAAUGAGUUUAUUCGGAUAUCCGCCGUUGCCGACGAUGGAACAACUCCACCGAUAGAAGAAGAAGAAGCGCGGCAAUGGACUCAUCGCCAAAAGUUCUACUCUGCGAUGAUCACGGCAAAGCUGACCCACAAUGCGGCACAAAGGAUCAACGCUUUUGAGAUCUCUCGAGUCCAGGCACUCUUAAAGGCAGUUAAAGGCAACUUCAAACCAGAAGGCACUGGCACUUACGUGAACCUCCAGCGACGGUACAUGUCCCUCACACGAGAGAAAUGUGGAAGCGCUCAAGCCCUUGGAGCCGAGAUCAGGAAGAUCCAUGCUGAGAAACUUCUCCUUGACCCUGACUGCGUGAGCUCCGAGAUUGAGCGAACAUUCUUUUUCGUGCACGCAUUAGGUCCUGAGUAUGAAAGUUUCCGUGAUCAUAUAUUUCGGCAAAUGGACCUUGUUAACGAAAGAGAUGCCAAUGGUAACAUCACAAAAGCGGCGCCCACGUUCGACUAUAUCGAGAACAAGGCAAUUGAGGAAGAACAUAGGAAGGGGCAAUUGAGCAAACAACCAACAGAGGCGCAAGCGCUUCCUGCUCUCGCUAUAAUCCGAGGGCCAGGUGACAAGAAAGUCAUACCGUCAUCCGACGGAACGACAUGUCGAAUCGAGAUCGAUAACGUUCCAUAUUGCUCUUUCUGCCGGAAACCUUAUCACGUGGACUCUGAGUGCUUCAGCAAGAAUCCAAGACCGAAGGAUCAGAAGAAAGACGGAAAGAGCCACAAGCGCACGCAAGCCAUUGAAGCGGCGGCCCUCCACGGAUGA